AUGUCUUUAAAACUAGAAAGUCCAAAAACUUUAGAAGCGCCAUACUUCACUUCUACAACAAAACUUGUACCGGAAGAACUUGCUAAUGCUUCAAAAGCAUUGGAACAAGAGUACUUUAUGAUGACUAUGUUGGAUAAUAAUAAAGCUAUAAGGGAACUCACGUUAAGCAUUCAAGCAUUGAAAAUUAUUUUGCAAGUUUUGGUAAAUCAAAAUAAUCAAACUCCCAUUCCGUUUAAUUUUUAG